AAGAAGAAAACGCGAAAUUAGGUGCAUCGGUACUGAUCAUAUUGAAUUGUGACGAGUCGCACAACACAUCUGGUUCGCAACGUCGCUUAAUAGCUUAUAAAAAAUAAAAAAAUUAACGUUUAUUUCAUAAAAUAUACAAAUUUUCAAAAAUGUACAUAAAGUACGAAAAUCUCGAGGAUAAAUUCGCUAAGAGACUGGACGAUUUGUUCGGCGUUAAAGACUGUCUGAUCGAAGUCAAUCCGGGCAAAUGUAUACUUCCGCCCAAGUACAAGGAUUUGGGGCAGAGAAUCAAAAAUAUGGAGGUCAGAUCUGAUGAUGUAUGGCUUGUGUCGUAUCCAAGAACAGGAAGUACUUGGGCUCAAGAAAUGGUUUGGUGUAUUUGCAAUGACUUGGAUUUUGUAAAAGCAAAAAGCAUGAUUGGACAACUAAGGACACCGUUAUUAGAGUUAACAGCACUUAUGGGUAACGACACGAGCAAAUUGAAAGACGAACUGGGCAACUCUGUGGAACAAGUGGAGAAUAUGCCGUCGCCCAGGUUCAUAAAAACACACUUGCCGGUGCCGUUGUUGCCCGAACAGUUGGCGAACGUCAAACCGAAAAUCGUCUACGUGACACGCAACCCAAAGGACAUGUGCGUGUCUUAUUAUCACUAUUGCAAGCUAAUACACGGCUUACACGGGUCGUUCGACGAGUUUUGCGAUCUGUUCAUACAGGGCAAGACGCCGAUCGGUCCGAUUUGGGAUCACAUACUGGGAUUCUGGGAACAAAAGGACGAACCGAACGUGCUGUUCAUCAAGUACGAGGACAUGAAAAAGGAUCUGAAAGGAGCCAUCAGACAAGUAUCAGAUUUUCUCAACAAACCCUUAACCGAUGAACAAGUUUCCGCUUUAGAAGACCAUUUGAGCUUCAACAGCAUGAAGAAGAACCCGGCUCUGAAUUUAGAACCAAUCCUUGCCAUGAUGGAGAAACAACCAUCAAACGGAACAAAUCCCGACGAAACAUUUAUUAGGAAGGGAAAAGUUGGGGACUGGAAAAACUACAUGUCAAAAGAAUUAUCAGGACAAUUCGACAAAUUUACAGAAGAAAAUUUAAAAGGGACUGAUCUCGCUUUUGAGACAAAUUGAUAUCAUUGAUACUAUAUAUUAUAAAAAAAAUUGUUGUAUCACUCUUAGUUUAUAAGUAUUCAGAUAAUAAGAAGUAUACGUAUAUAAAUGUAAGCAACGUUGUGCGUACACAUUACAUUAUUAAACAUCCUUUUAAAUCUCCAAUGAAAAUUUAAAGUUCUUCUUAGCAAUUUUUUAAAGAUUUUAUUUCCAAAGAAAUUAUCAUCUCUAUGUUUAGAAUCCAAACUUCAUUCUUCAUAGAACAGUUAUCUGAAAUUGACAUCAAUCCACUUCUUAAAAAUGAACUAAAUGAAAACGAAAAUAUAAGUUUUAGUUUUACCAACGUACCAAUUCUUUUUAGAUUGGGACCCACUUUAAUUAACAAAAACUUUUUUACUAUACUAUUUGAACUAUAUUAAAAAUCAAAAUCGAAAAUCCUAAAACAUGUUUUGUCGACUUUACAACACAAUUCAUACAAUUCUAUAUAAGAACUUAUUAUAAAAGAAACGUCAAAAUGCUUAACUAAAAAUAAUUUGACAUUAUUUUAAUAAUUUCCAAAAAUUUUUUAAAUUUGUAGUAUAAUCUAUUAUUAUUUAUUGUAUA